UUCCGCAGAGCUUUAUUUACCGGAGGGCAGACGAUUGGGGGGGAUCAAGUUGUCUCGCGAUUCAUGGGGACAGACAACCCCGUGACGAAACUAAACAUGAAUAAAUAAACUAACAUGCCGUAGCGGCAAAUAAACUUCUAAGAAUUCUGACGCUAAAACCAUGUGGAGAGUUCAAGGUUUUGUUGGAAGAGUUCUGCAUCGAUGCCAUGGCAGCAACUCGUUGCGCCUCCCCCAGAGCCAGGGGCAGCCUCAGGGACUGGGGGAGGUUGAGAUCAUCAACAGCUCUGCCGUCCUCUCAACCCCUCCACACCCUUCUGACGGCAGCUCUCAAAAAGAAGAGGAUGGAGAGAGGAGGAAGAAACAGAGGAGCUUUCGUCUGGGCUUUGCUGAGGUUCCACGUUACACCGCCUUGGAUGCUGUGGGAUGGGGCGCUGCAGCAGUUUUAUUCAUGCAGAUCUGCAGGAGGAUCCACUCUCAGUUCUCCUCCACCUCAGAGCCGAGUCCGAACCCCGGAGCCCUAACGGCACCCUCCACCCUACACAUGUGUGGCUACCGCAUUCUGCUGGAGAACUUGUCUAGACAAGAUGUCCUUCCCAGAGGAAGCAGAACGAUGUGUCUGCAGGAGGGACCAGAGAUACAGAACCAAGAUCGGGUUCAGAGCCGCAGCAGCAGUUCAGGGGAUGCCAGUCUUCAGGGCACCAGGGAGCCUCCCAGUGAUUAUCCUAUACCCGAGUCCAUUCCUCUGCAGAAUGAUGCCGGCCGAGACAGCACGGAAACAAAAGAUGCCAAUGCUAAGGACAUGCUGUCUGAUGAGCAGAGGCUGGCAGGAGCUGCACUGAAUCUUCGACAUGUGGGAGAUGGCAGCAUUCCUGUUAUCCUCAACAUCAUUGGUCUAGAAAAAACCAGGAGUGAAAACUACGAGGAGGCGUUUACAUGUUUUUUAGCUGCAGCUCAGCAGGGUUACAACAAGGCCCAGUUCAACACGGGCGUGUGCUACGAGAAAGGCAGAGGAGCCGUCAAGGACAGAGACAUGGCGCUGUAUUACUAUUGGCAGGCAGCAGUGGGGGGUCACCACCAAGCCCAGUACCGCUAUGCCAAGCUGCUUCUGACCAGCAAGGGCCACCAGAGUAAAGAGGAGCUGAACACAGCCAUCGUCUUACUAGAACAGGCUGCUGCAGCCGGACUGAGCGAGGCUCAGGUGUGCCUGGCCUCGGUCUACACCCGCCAGUCAGUCAGGGACGGGAGCAGGUCCGUUCAUUACCUUAAGAUGGCAGCAGAGAGCGGAGACAACACCGCCCUGCUGUUUUUGGGUCAAUGUUUUGAGAGCGGCUUCGGCGUGCGGCAGAAUCUGGGGACCGCCGUUGAAUACUACAAGCGAGCCGCUCGAGCAGGCAACAAGCAGGCCAAGAGCUUACUGACCCCUCUGAACGGUCCGGUCCACAAGGCAGAGGAGUCAGUGUUGCGCUGCAUCCGUUCAGCUCCAUGUUUCCCUGCAGCCUCUCUGGCCCUCCGCGUCCCUCCCUCCUCCAGGCGUCCUUUCGCCCUUCCUCUCCUGUCUCACUCUUGGAGCACCGGGAGCCUGUGUGUGUCCCCGCCACUGUCCUCGUCACCACUUCACCUGCAGCCACAAGGCACUGAGGGAGGGGCCUGCCAGUGGACUGUGGGACUCGGAUAGUUCUCAUGAGCCGGCACAAGUCUAACUGAGGAAUGUAUUUUGUACAGUGAAUGUAUAUUCACCAGAGGAGAAAGGUCAAGGUGUGUUAGUUGUGUACAUAUUGUCAAGUCUCUAUUGGAGUGAAUCGAUUUUAUACUUUAUUUGUUCAUAGAUAUUUAGUUUGAGAUGUUCUAUAAGGCUCAACGACCUGUUGGAUAUAAGGUUUUAUAAUAUUGUGUGGAGAAUGAAAUAUGCAAUCUAUUUUUUAUUUGUUUUAAUGCAUUACUGUUUUUUGCCAUUUUAAGUUCUGUGGGUAAGAAAUGUGAUCUCUGUGCCUUGGAGAGGUUGUGAAUAUCAAUCAUAUGAAAGAGAGGUAUGAUAUAAUUGUGACAUUCUCUGAAACUGAUAAAGUGCUUUAUAUUAGAACGUUCAGUAAGACUGUUACGUUAUCUUUGUGGCAGAACAAGAGGGCAAAUGCUCAAACAUUAAACGUAACAAUUGCACAGUGAGGAAUGUACUGAUCUGUGGGAGAUCCUAAGAAAAAGCAUUAAAAAAACAAUCCUUAAAAGCUA